AUGUAGGGACCCACACUUUUCUGGCGGUCCCAGCCGAUCACCUGUACGUUUAAAACAUGAGUUGCCUACCCGGGACGCCUCACAGCUGUUUUGCCCCAGCAAAACAUCGUCCUUCAACUCUUGCGAAGCGCCCAUUGAUGCAGCAUCAAUUGUUGACCAUUGUUUUCGUGCUCGCUUCCUUUUUUUCGUUCUAGCAAUGCAACAAAUGACGGUCCCAACCACUGGCCUGCUUGAUGGUCCAGGUUUUGAGCAAGCAACCCGCAGUCUCUUGGAUGAUAACGCAGAGCUGCAUUCUUUGGUCAAGAUAGCGGUGGUGGGGCGGGAAAAGGCAGGCAAGAGCGCGCUUAUACGCACACUGUGUGGACUGGAACCUCUGCAGAACUAUGUAGAGACAGCAGGAAUCGAAGUGCAGCAGCUUCUGAGAGGAGCUAGCAGGGAGGACACUUCCGCUGGGGCGCAGUCGCAGGGCGAUGAAAUGUCUGCUCCUUCGACCAGCUUCCAGUUCUGGGAGGCCGCCGGACGUCCUUCCGCACGCUUUGAGUACCUCCUCCCGUCCGCCGCAAGCAAGGCGCGUCUCGCCCUCCACGUGCUCUCCUUGCAGGACCGCGCCGGGUUUGACGCGCUGCCCCAGCAGAUUGAUGACGUUGGUACGCACGUGCCUUGCCUCGUGAUCGCAACUAGGCACGAUCUUGUGUACCAAACCGCCAUCCCAGACGAUGAGCUUCGAGCUUUCUGCGCACGGCACCGGUUACGCCUGUGUUUGAUAGGGAACCCCCAGGACCAAACGGACGAAGCGCAGCAGCGUCGGACAAUAGUCCGAAAGUACAUUUUGGCCGAGAUUGAAAAGCUUCUGUAGGUUGGCGCGAAAUCGAAAUGUAUCCAGAAUCUAGCUUGACCAUGGAAAGACUCCGUAGUGCAGGCUUCAAUGCUCCUCGCACCAUAACUGCUCCUAGGUUGCCGUCGAGAAGGUCUUUUCCGAAGUAUCUGAGUAUGAGUGUCUCGCUUCAAUCCUUGGUUCCCACUUCUUAUUGGUUGAAUUUUAUCGAGUGCCUAUGUCUGCAUGGUUAAGCCUUCGUUUUAGUUGGACAAGUUCUGCUCCGCUUAAGGUGG